CCAGUUCCCCGCACUCCAGCCCAACCCACCUGCCCCUGCUGUCCUGCUCCAGUUCUCCUCAGGGCUCGGCCGCUGCCGGCGACUCCCCGCCCCCGCUCGCCCUCCGCGUCCUCCCCGCGCGUGUUGCCUCCGCCUCGCUUCCCGUGCUCGACCAACUCUGGCAACGCCACUCAGUCGCUCGAUCUCCGCCGUGACUCCGCGCCUUUGCUCGGCGCCGGCGCCCUCCCGUCGCGGCGGUCCAGAUCCGGUUGGGAGGGAAGGCGCAGCCGCGCGCCGUCUCCCCCAAGAGCGGCGAGGACGAGCAUGAGCACAAGGUGCUGCCCGAUGAAGGCAGUUGAUUGCUAGUUGGGAAGGAGGUCUAUUUUCUUAUAUCUUGAUUAUUUAGAAAUUUUCCUGCCAUCCUAAUGGAGGUAAAUGAAGUACAUGACCAAGAUAUAUUGGUUGACUUGGAGAAAGGCAACUGCUUGCCACCCAGAGAGGACAAUAAUGGGAUGAAGAUUAAUACGAUAGCUGGACAUGCAAAGAGAAAGCUGCAUGGCUCAUGGGAUGACCUUGUAGCACUGAAGGAGGAUAAGGGUCACCACAUAUCUUGCUGCUCUUCACACUGUCAAGAUUCCAUUGUUAAAGGUGGAGAGUCUAUGAAGUCUGAAGGGGAGAUUAAGGUUGGGCUUUUGGAUAAAGCAGCUGGUGAUAAAAAGAAAAAAUGGUCUAAGAAGCCACCACGACCUCCAAGACCACCGACUUCUUCACCAUUAGACCCUGCUGAUCAGAAGCUCAUUAGUGAACUAUCUGAGCUUGCAGUGUUAAAAAGGGCUAGGAUUGAGCGUAUGAAGGCGCUGAAGAAGAUGAAGAAUUCCAAACCAGCAUCUUCCAUUGGAAACCUGGUAGCAUUGAUUAUUACUGUUAUCUUCUGCUUCUUCAUACUUUGGCAAGUGAACAGGAUUGCUGAUGAAAUAAAACACUGGGUUUUCAAAGCAUGGGACCAGCAUAAGCUUUCCAUAGGUCAUCUAUAUCAUCAGUCAGACCACAUGGUGGUCUUAUCUCCAUCCUGUUCUACAAGAAGAAUGUUACAGCUGUCAGCACCUGCAGUUCCUCUGCUGUUCUAAAGUGCGACACCCCUUUCUUUGUGAUAUUGCAUGAUAUAUUGCUCCUCACAGUAAUUUUAAAACUAGUUGCUGCUUCUCAAUUAUUCCCUGAUAUGAUAUGCCCAUGAAAUGGAAAGUAUAUCCCACAUAUUUAUUACCUUCUAAGGUACUACGGAGUUGAUUUGAAGUUACUGUAUCAUAUAGGUUGUUAUAUUUGUUUUUCUUCUCCAGUUUAUCUUGGAUUCGUCGUGCAUAUUGGUAUGUCUGAAGUAUGUCAUCGCAUACUUGUUGAUUUAUUUAUUUAUCGCACCAGUGUAUAUAUUAGACUUGACUAGCAUGACCUUUCCGUGCUUGGUAUGCAGAAACACUGGAAUGGCUACGAGGCUGGAAACCCAUGGUGAAAUCACGAGUUUUACUGAAUGAGUAUGAUGGCUGGGCUUAGCUGUCGCCGUAGCCACGUUGUGCCCCAUUUGAUCUGCAUAUGCUCCACCGAAUAAGCUUUUUGGCCCUCUUGCUCCCCUGGCCCUGUAAACUGUGGAAACCCUUUGCAGAGCACCCAUGUCGUAAAUUAUUACGAGUAGAUUGGUGAUAUGAUGGUUUAAGCUUUAUUUUUGUGAGGUGGCUUUCAAAAGGUGUGAUUCCAGUGAAGGCAUUUAGGAAGAGAGAUAUUGCUUCUUUAGUGAAAUGGUUUACUUGGAUGAAUUUAAAGAAACUAGUUCAUCAGUC